AUGGAAGCAAGGAUCGUCUACGUGAGGCUGCAUGGCACAAUGGCAGCCAGUUGCGGUCCCACGUACUGUUCCCGAGGAUAUUCGUACAAUCCUCGUCGACUUCAUCACGAAGGAAUACAUUGGGAGAAUACCACGAUCCAGACCGAUACCGCAGUCGAUAGUGUCCUCCGGGAGGAGGCCUCCAAUGAACUACGGGCGACAGGUGUUGUCACCCAACUUCUCGAUGGAUCAUCCAAGACGGUUGAUGCGACGAAGGAAAUUGUUGUCUCGGGCGCCGCGUACUGCAGUUCCGCCAUUAUGAUGCGUGGAUCCCGCGAGGAGCUGGUUCAAUUUAACAUCGACGGCAAGAUUGACCUGCCUGGAGUGGGUGAGCCUGACGGACUAUCUGAUCAUUUUUACCUUCUACGAGAUCGAAAAGGAAGGCCAGACAAACUACUGGCAUCCUACCACAAAAGCAACAGGGCCAAGGCCUACAUGCAGUGA